AUGCGUGAGGUUAUCUCUAUCCACGUUGGACAAGCUGGUGUCCAGAUCGGAAAUGCCUGCUGGGAACUUUAUUGCCUGGAGCACGGAAUCCAGCCCGAUGGAACCAUGCCAUCGCAGUCGACAAACGAGGGCGAAUCUUUCACCACCUUCUUUUCGGACACGGGAAAUGGACGAUAUGUUCCCAGGGCUAUCAUGGUCGACCUGGAACCCACUGUCAUUGGUAUGAAGUAUUUGACAUCAACCAACUAAUUUUAUUCUUUACAGAUGAAAUUCGCACCGGUACCUACAAACAACUUUUCCACCCUGAACAGAUGAUCACGGGCAAGGAAGAUGCCGCAAACAAUUACGCUCGUGGACACUACACCGUUGGAAAGGAACUCAUCGACACCGUUCUCGACAGAAUCCGCAGAUUAGCUGACAACUGCAGCGGUCUUCAAGGAUUCUUCGUAUUCCACUCGUUUGGCGGUGGAACAGGAUCCGGGUUCACUUCUCUCCUUAUGGAGCGAUUGUCCGUUGAUUACGGCAAAAAGAGCAAGCUCGAGUUCUCAAUCUACCCUGCUCCUCAGGUUGUCUUUGUAUUACUUUUCAACUUUUCACCUGUAUAUUUUCAAGGUUUCGACAGCCGUGGUUGAACCGUACAACUCGAUCCUCACAACGCACACGACCCUCGAGCACUCCGAUUGCGCAUUCAUGGUCGACAACGAAGCCAUCUACGACAUUUGCCGGCGAAACCUCGAUGUUGAGCGUCCUAGCUACACGAACCUCAACCGUAUCAUCUCGCAGGUUAUUUAGAUAGAAAUUCUCCUAAUAUGAGUUUUUUUUUCAGGUAGUUUCGUCUAUCACCGCCUCUCUUAGAUUUGACGGCGCUCUCAAUGUUGAUCUCAACGAGUUCCAAACCAACUUGGUCCCAUAUCCUCGUAUUCACUUCCCACUGGCCGCCUACACUCCCCUGAUCUCUGCCGAAAAGGCUUACCAUGAAGCGUUGUCGGUCAACGACAUCACAAACAGCUGCUUCGAGCCUGCCAACCAAAUGGUCAAGUGUGACCCACGACAUGGAAAGUACAUGGCCGUAUGCCUGCUCUACCGCGGAGACGUCGUUCCAAAAGACGUUAACACGGCGAUCGCCGCCAUUAAGACUAAGAGAUCAAUCCAGUUCGUCGACUGGUGCCCCACAGGCUUCAAGGUCGGUAUCAACUACCAGCCUCCGACUGUUGUUCCCGGCGGAGAUCUCGCCAAGGUUCCCCGUGCUGUUUGCAUGCUGUCAAACACCACCGCUAUCGCCGAGGCAUGGUCACGCUUGGACUACAAGUUUGACUUGAUGUACGCCAAGCGCGCCUUCGUUCACUGGUAAGCUUGGAUUAUAGUCUCUUUUUUUUUGUUUAAAAAAAUUGUUUCCAGGUACGUCGGCGAGGGUAUGGAAGAAGGUGAAUUCACGGAAGCCCGUGAAGAUCUCGCAGCACUUGAAAAGGACUACGAGGAAGUGGGAGCCGAUUCUAACGAGGCUGCUGAUGACGGAGAGGAAUACUAA